AUGGGGGCGCCGAAGCAGAAGUGGACGGCGGAGGAGGAGGCGGCGCUCAAGGCCGGGAUAGGCAAGCACGGGGCCGGGAAAUGGCGCACCAUACUCAAGGACCCCGAGUUCAGCAACAUCCUGCGCUACCGAUCCAACGUUGACCUCAAGGACAAGUGGCGGAACAUGAAUGUCACCGUGAACGCGUCGGGCACUCGCGACAAAGUGAGGACGACGACGACGACGACGCCGCCCACGGCUAAGAAGCCGAGGUCUGCUCCGAAGCAGGAAACCCACUCGACGGCGAUCACCACCAUCACCUCUGACGGUGAUGAUGACGUCGUCGACGUGAAGCCUAUCAUAAAGCCUAUUGUGACGUUUACUACAGGUUCAGGGAAUAAAUCGCUAUCCAGGCUAGAAAAUAUCAUACUGGAGGCCGUGAAGACCUUGAAUGAGCCUACAGGGUCAUACAAAACAGCCGUUGCUAAUUACAUAGAGGAACAAUACUGGCCACCUGCUGAUUUUGAUCAUGUACUGUCUGCAAAACUGAAUGAGUUGACAUCAUCUGGGAAAUUGAUGAAGGUGAAUCGGAAGUACAGGAUAGCCCCUAGCUCAUCUUUUUUAGAAGGGCGAAGCUCCAAAAUGCUGCUGCUUGAUGAUAUAAAAAAGGAGCCAAUCAAGGUAGAGAAGGUAGAGAGGGAUGGCUUUACCGCCCACACUAAAUCUCAGGUAGAUGCCGAACUUGCACGGAUGAGAAACAUGAGCGCAGAAGAGGCUGCAGCUGCAGCAGCUCGUGCGGUUGCUGAGGCAGACGCUAUCAUGGCGGAAGCUGAAGCCGCAGUGAGGGAAGCGGAGGCUGCAGAAGCUGAUGCUGUAGCUGCACAAGCCUUUGCGGAAGCAGCAAUGUUGACAUUAAAAAACAGGAGUUCAGCAAAAUUGGUAAUUCUUCUAAGUACUUAG